AUGUUUUUACCCACUCGGCCAGCCAUUGAGGCAGACAUCGAGUGGGUGGAAGACCUCGUGACCAUGCAUUUCCCAAAGCGGUUGAUUAUGUCAUUCCAUACCCUCGGCUUUCCCCGCAAUCUCGCUUUGCGUCGGCUCAACAAGAGCUUCUCCAAACCCUUGAGCAUUUCCCAUUCUCUACUUUAUCCCUUCGAAGAACCUUGA